CUUAAAAGCUAUCUUUUUCAACUGCACCUCCAAGAGAGGAAGACGCUCUUGAGCCACAACUAUUCAUGAAAUCAUAUAUUUUUCCGCAUUUGCAGUAAUAUACAGAGGCGUAUUCAUCGUUAUGUUGCGCAACUGGCACGGGUCAAAGCUGUUAUAUUGAAAGGAAAUCGGUUUUUGUCUCGACUUGAUGUGAAAGCUUCUCACUUUGUGUACCUCCAAAAUGACGGAAGACAGAAUCACACCGAGGCAGGACGAGUGUGAUUAUACCAGCUGUUACUGUGAAGAAAAUGUGUGGAAACUUUGCGAAUUCGUCCGCAGGGAGAGAAGUGCGCCUCUCCAAGAACUCUUUGUGGCGUUCAUCUCGAAUGACAACAGAACGGUUCCUUUGUGGAAACAGAAGUCAGCACGUGGAGACCAGCCUGUGAUUUGGGAUUAUCACGUGGUUCUGCUUCACGUCCGGGGUCAGGGCGAGGCUGCGGUUUACGACCUGGACUCCGUGAUGCCGUUUCCCUGCAGCCUGAAGCUUUACGCCGCUCACGCCCUGCGCACGGACCACAGCGUCGAACCCACGUACCACAGGAAGUUGCGUGUGGUCCCCGCCGACUGCUUCCUGUUGAACUUCGCCUCGGACCGUUCACACAUGAAGAAUUCCGACAGCUCCUGGAGGAUGCACCCCCCACCUUAUCCCCCAAUCUCCACUCCAGAGUCUCGCAUGAACCUGGAUGACUUCAUCUCCAUGGAGCCCACCCUGGGAUGGGGCCAAGUUUUUACUUUGGACCACUUCCUGCAGCGAUACGUCAAACACUCAUUGUCAUAGUGGGUGGGUGUCUUUUGGAUGCUAUUUAUAAAUGUACCUUGAUAACAUUUACCACAAUAAAACCGUGUACUCUCAA